AUGGCUCUCGGGCGGGUGGUUCCGUUUUGCUUCCUGGGUCUGUUGCUGCUGCGCUGCAGCGCAGCAGCGGACCCCGCGAGCGCCUCCGAGGCCGCCGCAGCAGAACCCGCUGCAGCAGAACCCGCAGCAGCAGCAGCAGCAGCAGCAGCAGAGGGGGGCCCCCAGGGGGCCCCCCAGGGGCCCCUCGCAGAGCUUGCGAAGCUGAGAGUUGACUCUGAGGGGCAGCAAGAAACCCAUGAGUACCAAGCUGAAGUAACUCGUUUAAUGGACAUAAUAGUGAAUUCUUUGUACAGCCAAAGAGAAGUCUUUUUGCGGGAGUUGAUAUCCAACGCAGUGGACGCUUUGGAGAAGCAGCGCUUCUCCGCCCUCACCGCCCCCAGCAGCAGCAGCAGCAGCAGCAGCAGCAGCAGCAGCAGCAGCAGCGAGGAGCUGGCCGUGUACAUCGAGUCCGACCCGCAGCAAAAAAUUGUCUCCAUUUGCGACUCCGGAAUUGGAAUGACGAAGCAGGAGUUGAUAACGAAUUUGGGGACAGUGGCGAAGUCGGGGACAAUGAACUUCCUCGAGUCUCUCGCCAGCAGCAGCAGCAGCAGCAGCAGCAGCAGCAGCAGCAGCAGCAGCAGCAGCAGCAUGAACCUCGUGGGCCAGUUCGGCGUGGGCUUCUACUCCGCGUUCCUCGUCGCCGACCGCGUCACCGUCAUCUCCCGCAGCAGCAGCAGCAGCAGCAGCAGCAGCAGCAGCAGCAGCAGCGGGGAGGAGGGCAAGGCCUACAUCUGGGAGUCAACAGCAGACGCAAAGUACUACUUGGCCGAAGCUCCUGCUGCUGCAGCAGCAAACCUCAAAAGAGGGACUUGUGUCUUGCUGCACCUCAAGGAAGACGCAACAGAGUUUUUGCUGCCGCAGCGCCUCAAAGAACUUGCUGCUCGAUAUGCGCAGUUUCUUUCUUUUCCCAUUUACGUCAAACAGAAGGUGGAGCGUGAAGUAUGGCGUUGGGAGCGGGCGAACGAGCAGAAGGCCCUGUGGCUGCGCAGCAGCAAAGAAGUGACAGCAGCAGAAUACAAAGCCUUCUACAAGGCCCUGAGCGGAGACUGGAGCGAGCCUUUGCUGCAGAUUCAUUUUGCUGCUGAAGGCGAAGUCGAGUUCCGCGCGCUGCUGUUCGUGCCGCAGCAAGCAGCAGCAGAUUUGUUUUCGAGUGUCUUUGAGAAGCAGCGGGGCCUCCAGCUGUACGUACACCGCGUGCUCGUGGGGGGGGCUCUCGAUGAGCUGCUGCCGCGCUAUUUGCGCUUUUUGCGCGGAGUUGUCGACACAAAUGAUCUUCCGCUAAAUGUUUCUCGCGAGCUGCUGCAGCAGCAGCGGCUGCUGCUGCUGCUGGGCAAGAAGCUGGUCCGCAAGGCGCUGGAGAGCUUCCGCAAACUCGCGGUGGAAGACCGGAAGCUGCGCGAGCAGCAGCAGCAGCAGCUGCAGCAGCUGCUGCAGCAGGGGGAGCAGCAGCAGCAGCAGCAGCAGGAAGAACAGCAGCAGCAGCAGCAGCAGCAAGAGCUGGAGAAGCUCAAGAAGGAAAUGAAAGAACCCACUUUGUUCGACAAGUUCUACAAAGAGUUCGGGAGAAAUAUGGUUUUGGGUUGCUACGAAGACGAAGACAACCGCAGCAAAGUGGCCAAGCUGCUGCGCUUCAGCAGCAGCAAGCUGCAGCAGCAGCAGCAGCAGCAGCAGCAGCAGCAGCAGCCGCGGCAGCAGAUCUUCCUCGAGGAGUACGUCGCUCGCAUGCAGCCCGGCCAACAAGCCAUUUAUUAUGCUGCAGGAGAAGACCCGCAGCAGCUUCUUAAGCUGCCACAAAUGCAGCACUUUUUGAAAAAAGAUGUCGAAGUUCUUUUCCUCCUCGACGCCAUGGACGAACCCUGCAUUCAGCGCCUCAUGGAGUUCGACGGUCCGCAGGGAAAGAAGUUCGAGUCUGUGCAGAAGGGCGAAGUGCACUUGGAGGAAAGCGCUGCAGAGCGUGCGCGGCUGGCUGCGCAGGAGAAGUUCUUCAAACCCUUAAAAGUGUUUUUCAAAAGGGUUUUGGGGCCUAGGGUUUCGCAAUGGGGUUAUUCUGCGCAAAUGGAAAAAGUGAUGAAGACCCAAACCUUUGCAGAUCCUCUGCAUUUGAAAAUGAUGAAGGGACAAAAGGUCUUCGAAAUAAACCCCAACCACCGCAUCAUGCAGCAGCUGCUGGCGCGCCAGCAGCAGCAGCAGCAGCAGCAGCAGCAGGAGGGGGAGGGGGAGGAGCAGCAGCAGCGGCAGCAGCAGCUGCAGCAGCAGCAGCGCGAGGACGAACAGCUCGCUGAGAAACUCUUCGAAGCUGCGCUGCUGGCCUCCGGAUUUGAUGUUGAUAAACCCGAUGAGUUGGCGGAGUUGCUGUACAAAAGCUUUGCUGCUGAACUUGGAGUCGAUCCCAACGAUCCCAUCAACGAGGACUUCGAGAUCCCCGAGGACCCCGAGCCCGACAGCAGCAGCAGCAGCAGCAGCAGCAGCAGCAGCAGCAGCAGCGGCGGCGAGGAGGGGGGCGCAGCAGACGACCUGCUCUCCAGCUUCGACUUCGGGGAGAACGUCAAGGACGAGCUCUAG